AUGAGGCAGCACUCUCCAUGGUAACUACAGUCCUCCCAGGCUGUCGCAGCUAAUCCUCAGGAGCUUACUCACUUCUCAUAAGAGGGUUUUACCGGCAGCACCAAUGCCCAAAAAUUCUCCCCAAACAAGCACUGGAUCUUUGGUGUGCCCUAACAGGAAAACCUUCACCCUAGGAGGAAAACAGACCUUGUCACAGCAGCUGAUUGGAGCAGAGUGGAGAACGGCAUAGGCCUGGUUCAUCGGGUAAGCUUUUUCAUCUGUUCUCUCUCAGUUGUUAUUGUAGCUUACAGGAAUUUUUAAACAAUAAACUAUGUCCUCUUGUUGCCGGGUCGAAUCGACCUGCAGGGUUUCCAGUGUAGGAGGAUGCUGGGAAGCUUUGCAUGUUUUGCAGUGCAUGGUUGAUCCUUGAUGACUCAGAGAUCAUGCAUAAUAUGAAAACCUUAGAUAUGAGCGUCGCUGGUGCUUUAACAUGGAGUGCUUAUGAUCAUCACACCACAUGCACUCACUCACAUCACCUUCUCCCUUUCUCUUUUACAACUGAAGCUGCUAAAUUAGGAAAAUGAUUCAAUCCAUGGACUGCUUUAAAAACUGAGAUAUAAAUCAAAAAGGUAACAGUGUCCGCCUCUGUGCCGCGUACCCACCACUUAAGAGGAGAUAUCUCAGAUGUGGCUCUGUUUGAGCUAUUUCUUUACAUUUCUAACAGCUUCUCCCCAGUCCCUAUUUUUCCUCAGUACUAAUUAUGUUGUCUACAGUCUCCCCCUCAUGCCCCCUUCUCCCUGCCCCUGUGCUCUCUUUCACUUGCCUGCACUAAUCCUUUUGUUACGGACUGAGGGGCCCAGGCUUUUACUGACCAUUCGGCACUGUAAGGACUGGUUCACCUCAAAACCGUCCUGUUCACCGUCAGAUCAGUUGUGCCUAUUAUUAGCACCUCCCUUGUCUAGAAAACAUCACUGCCUUUCUUAGUAGCCUUCUGCCGUCAUUCACCUUGAUACUGUUUUCUCUCUCUCAGUUUCCUUGUUUUCCGUGUAUCACUUCCUUUUCAUCUCAAACCCCUAGCCAGUCCUGGGAGUGUGAGGGAGUUUGACGACCUUGGUAGGAACAUGCACUUCAUGAGCAGUACUCUGUGUUUGCUGCUGCUACUGCUGUAUCUUUGUCCUCUUGGGAGAAUGCUGGAAGUGAAAGGGCAGGAGCAGGGGUACCUGCAGGAGGCUCUCAGGGCCUUGAAUUUGCCCGUGGGGCCGGACAACAAGGCUCAACUCCAGAGGAACAGAACCAGUGUACUGAUCACCACACUUCUCCGGGCAGUGCGCUGCACAGAGCGGACGGGCAGCUGUCAGGACAUGUGUGAGAAGUGCCUGACACCAGACAUAGCCCUGUCCGUGCUGAAGGAUGAUGGGAAGGAUGUCCUCACUGAGGAGGACUACCAGCAGAUCUCAACUGUCCUGCUGUACUAUAUAAUUAAUUUGCAAGACCUGUGUGUGUCAAAUGCUGCGCCCCCUCCUUCUUCCUUUUCCUCCUCAUCUGGGAACUUUCAGUUCUAUCUUCUGGCCCUCACUAACUUACAUCCAGCUGAAGACAGCAGCUUCCUUUCAUCCAAUGAAACAGAAAGUAUCCUGCAGGUCAUCAACCAGCACUAUGAGCCAUCCAGCCAACAUAUACCCUCAAGUUCCCAAUGCAUCGAUGCAGCUCAUCUCUUGGAAGAUGCUGAUGUUAAGGGAAAUCCAGGUGCUGGUACAUCUGCCGUUCCCAGAGUGGCCGCAGCCAUCAUUAGCCAUAUUCUCCAAGGCCAUUGUUUCAGAAAGAGAAAUCUGCCACCUCCUGCCUUCUUUACAGACUAUAUCUUUCAUUCUCUUAACUGCACAAGUAACCUGCAGAUUAUGGACCUGGAGGAGUUGCUUCGUCAGCUGGGAGUAGGACGGGAAGGAGGGAUGCACUCUCGCAACAGGAAGAGACGAGGCAUCAGAGUAGGUUCAAAGAAGGUGGCUAGGCAUUUGCAAGACAGCUGCCACCCCGAAAUUGAGGGAAUAAACAGUGACUGGGCACAGGUAUGUUUUUCAGCCAAUCAGCUGGUGGAUAUUUUUGCUCUGGAUCCUCAUUUGCCAAUUUCCAAGGAACACUUCAGACAAAUUUGCCCAGCCAUCAUUCAGCAGUUGCUAGGCAAUGCCUGUGAGCCUGAAGAGCAACAAACAAGAGGAUCUCUGCCCACAGCUCUUGAGAAGUAUGGCUACAGCACAGCUGCUGUCUUUCUCAUCACGGUGGGCUCCAUGUUUGGUAUCUGUCUGAUCUUCUUCAACUCCUGCCAAGAAACCUACUCACUAAUCCUGCAGCUGUUUGUUGGUCUGGCAGUGGGAACCCUCUCAGGAGACGCUCUCUUGCACCUCAUACCACAGAUCCUUGGCCUCCAUCACAGCACACACAAUCAUGGUGAUGAGGACUAUGAUGAAGAAAAACAGUAUUUGUGGAAGAUCUUGGGAGUGAUUGCUGGGAUUUACAGCUUUUUCCUCAUUGAAAAACUAUUCUCCUUUUUAGUCCCUUCUCAUAGUCAUGGUCAUGGCGGUGACCUUUCCUUGAACUGCAAUGGUCACUCACAGAGAGGCAAGUCUAUCUCCACAAUACAGCUGGGACCCGUGGAUGACUUGGAGUGUACAGAAAUGUCUCCUGAGCAUGCAAACACAAGGCGUCCUUCACAUCCUAGACAAGGGGUUUCUCUGCUGGCUGUGAUGGUAAUUGUGGGAGACAGUCUUCAUAACUUUGCUGAUGGCCUGGUUAUCGGGGCAGCUUUCUCCUCUUCAUCUGAGACUGGAAUGGCGACCACUGUGGCCAUCCUGUGUCACGAGAUUCCACAUGAGAUGGGGGACUUUGCAGUGCUGCUCAGCUCUGGACUCUCAGUGAAGACUGCUGUGCUAAUGAACUUUCUCAGCGCUCUGACGGCCUUCAUGGGGCUCUACAUCGGACUCUUUGUUUCUUCAGAGACAGAAGUGCAGCAGUGGAUCUUUUCUGUCACUGCGGGGAUUUUUCUCUAUUUGUCAUUGGUGGAAAUGCUUCCAGAGAUGAAUCGAGUAAAGACCGACAGACCGUGCCUCAUGUUUUUCCUCCAGAACCUCGGUCUCCUGUUGGGUUGGGCCUGCCUUUUGUUGCUCGCGCUCUUUGAACAUGAACUCAAAUUUUAAAUGCAGUGUGCAUCUUCCUCACAGGGUCGAGCCAAAACAAACGCCGAGUCGUACUAGAGUUUUGAAAUUCCAUUAACUGGUUUGUUAUCAUCUCUUAGCAUGUGCAACCAGUAGAUUUGAAUAAUUAUUGCAGAUGAUGUUGUAGUCUCAACAAUGGAUCAGAUAUAUGUACUGUGGUACGAAGCCUGUCUUUUUUUUAUACUUGAUGAUUUAUUUUUGUAUGUUAGGUACAGUGUGUGUGCCUGUAUAUGGACUGUAAAUGUCUAGUUUUAUUGCCUUUUUGGUAGCAGCAUCUGUUGUUCAUGUUGCCUCAGACAAUCAAACUCAAUGAUCAAGAAUAUAUUAUAAAGCUCCCUUUUUAUUAACUUUUUUAUUUAUUUUUGUCCAUUGCCUUUAAACUGAUGGAAAUUUUAAUUGGAAAAUUAAUAGAUUAAUUUGGGUGUUGUUGAUAUAAUGAUGCAGAUGAUUUGAGGGACAUUUUACUUGAUGAGCUUGUAAUAGCCACAUCCCACUUCCAAAUCAUAUGGGAAAACACAGAUGGUUUUAAAUUUGUACACUUAAUUCCAAUUAAAAGUAGCACUAAAGUUUUUCAGUAUUGCUCUUCAACAAUAUUGUCACGUUGAAAGAUAAUCCCUUUGAGUCUCCAUUCAAUGUAUUUCUAAUUAAUUCCUUUAUUUAUUUUUUUGCAUGAUAUAAACGAAAUUAUAAAGAGUUGUGCAUUUCAGGAAUUCCGCAUAAUUUCCUGUGUGUUUGGGCAACUGCUAAAUAUACACAAACUAAUUGGCUUGAUGAGAAACUAAUAUUAGGAACAAAGAAAAGGAUUUAAGCCUCUUUGUCAGGCACAAGCUGGUAUCAUUUACAGUUAUUUUUGAAGCCCUAUUUUGAAAAACGUUGCUCCUCUUCUGCUUCUCAUCUCAGAGGCAUUGUUCUUUGUUUUUUGAGGCCUCUCUGUGAUCCAAUAUGAGGGCACUUCCACCCACCUGAGCUACUUGUUCUCUUCAUCCACCAACCUGGAUGACUAACGCUCAUCGCUGUGCAAGACAGAAACUCCGCAGCGAUCCGACCCACACAGAGCACACGCUCUUUACCGGUCAGAGUGGGCUCGCAGAAGGAGGUGGAGGAAGAUGGGAAUGUGAUGAAUACAUAAGCACAAUGAAAUAAAUGAAACAUGGCAAAUCAACUUAUUUGUACAUAAAAUUGGAUUUGUGAUACUGAAAGAGCGAGUGGGCUUAAAAAUGGAUUUUUUCUUUCCUUUAAUCAGCUUGCUGUGAUUAAAUUCUGGUGCUCUCAGCGUCAACAUAUUUCUGUAAAAUAUGAGCAAACAGCUGUCAAGCAUUUACUUUAUUCGUGCGAGGGAUUAGUUUCUCGUAUGCUGAUUAUGUUAAUUUGCCAUUCUGGGCUUAUUAUCUAACUGCAAAGUCAAUUCCAUAAACAGUGUCAUGAGAUUAUUUGGCUAUCAUGGCAGAAAGAGCUGACACUAUUUACUGUGACUUCCCGAGAAAUGUUCAGACAAUAGGAGGAAGCCCACUGAAUUUUCUCUUAUUCUAGCAAUUUUGCUGUUAUUUUAAAAAUCUCAGCCUCUUCAGCACUUCCAGGAAAGCUCCAGGCCUACUCGUUUGUGUGUAAAUCUGCUCUUUUGCACCACAGAGGCAUUUUUUUUGGCAUGCUCAUGUUUUCAAGGUAACUGUUGCCAGGAUGGAGGAAGGAAGUGCUUUUAUCUGGGCCAUGCUGGUUUGAACACUGAGUAUUCUCACUUGCUCAGCAGAGACCUCUCAGAAGAAGAGUUCAGCUGCGGGGGGUCAUCAGGGCAGGAGAACACACAAACAAUGGGAAAAAGCUACUAGAGAGACAGAGAACAGGAAACAUAAAAAUAUUUUUCCCUUUGAUUGAAAUGGAUCUGAUUGAAAACAGUUCUUUGCACCUGUUAUUGUUGUGACCCAAAAACACGCCAGCAUAUAGUUGCCACACAGUGAGGGAAAUACUUUAGUUUUUAUACAUAUUAGCACCUUAAAAACUGGCUUUAACUCACAUAUACUCAUUCCACCAAUCCUUUUUCUUUUUUGUUAGGUACAAAUUUGUUUUUACAAAUUUUGCUAAAAAAAAAACAAACCUCAAAAUAUCACAACAGGGCAGUUUAAUGCCUUAUGUUGUUAAAUACACAAAGACAAAAGAAACAUAAUAAUAACCAGACAAACCUGCACUGUUACCACUGUUUAGAUGUACAUUUUUCACUUAAUGUUUUUUUUGGAAAUCAUUGCUAAAAUGAACCUUUACCUCAAAAAUAAGAUACUAAUGAACUGAUAAUUGGUCCAAAUACUGUUGAACAUCACCUCCUGUGGACCUCAUUGUGUCCUGAUAUAACAGUAUACAUAACUGGUCUAAAAUAUGAAUCUGUAGUUUUCAGCAAGAUAAUUUUUUUGUUUCAGAAAGUCUUGGUACACGUGAGACACUCAGAGUGCAUCCACCACCAUGGCCAUCUCCUUUUUUUGCAUCAGUGUUUAUAGAAAUUGCUCCCACAUAACUUCCCCUUUAAAAUGCAAAUGCACAUGACACCACUAGAGGGCAAUAAUGAAUAACAACUUCAGAGCUCUCUAAAGUCUUUUGAGAAUAGCAUUCUUCAGCAGCAGCAUGGUUUUACUGGAGACACUAUACCAUGAGUGCGAGAUUGCAAAGUUCAUACCGAAGGAUAUUAUGUAGAUGCAGUUCCUUUCUUUCAGUUUACCUGGUACAAACUACCUUGUUUUACUAAAUGACUCAUUUAUACAGGUGAAAUGAUAAGAAAAGUUAGCUUUCUACAAUUCAACAAACAAUAAAAAGUAGAAAUUAUGAAUUAAUCUUUACAUCUGUCACUAAAAAUAUCCUGACGUUGCAUCUGUUAUAAUGCAAGGUUUUUUUGGGUUGGAUUUAUCGGCUACACAUCCAUGAUGCAAAUCUCCCCUUUCACUGCAUCUUAAAAGUGUUCCACUGAACUGAGAUUUGGUGACCAUGCAGGACAAUAGAGUGCAGAGAACUAAUAAUCAAGUUCAAUAAACCAGUUUUAGAUGAUCUGAGAUUUGUGACAUGGCACAUCAUUUUGACUCAUCAGUAAGGCAAUUAUUUCUAUUCUUCUGUUGUCCAGUUUUGCUGAGGCCAUGUGAAUUGUGGCAUGUUCUUAGCCGGUGUGUUCUUUUGUUGCUUCACCCCAUUUCCUUCAAGGUUCUUCAGAGAUGUCAUUCAGAGAUCCUCCUCUGCAUACCUUGCUUGAUUGAUUUAAUGUCGCCUUACUAUCAGCACACAGCAGUCUGGCCAUUCUCCUGUGACCUCUGACAUCAACAAGGCCUUUUCACCCAGAGAACUCCAGCUCACUGGAUAUUUUCACUUUGUUAGAUCACUAUUUGUAAUCCCUAGAGGUGGUUGUGUGGGAAUAUCCCAGUAAAUCAGCAUUUCUGAAAUACUCAGACCAGCCUGUCUAGCACCAACAACCAUACCACAUUCAAAGUAACGUAAGUCUGAAAGGUGUACCUUUCAAAGUGUCCAGUGUGUGUUGUUAGUGUAAGUCAGUAUUACCUUACUUACUAGGAUUCUAUUAUUUUUCCUCGUUUUUGUGGUCAUUUGAUAAAUAAAAGUUCAUUUCAAGCCU